CGCCCUUUUCGGACACCCCGGGAAUCGAAACAUCUUUUGUAGCUUACCCUUUAGCAUUAGCGGAAUAAGCUAGUUUUACAUCUGCGUCCGAGAUGAUGGAGAUCAGCGAGCGAAUGGAGGUGGACGGCUGGGACUCGAGUCUGGAGGACGAUUUGGGUGUUUCCUUGGAUGAUCUGAAGAAGCUGGUUGAAGAAGCUGUGGAACAGAGUGAGAUGGUGCAGAAGAAAAAAGCUCAGUUGAAAGAACUGAAGCAGUGGGUGGAACAGAAAGAGGAAGAGGAGGCAAAGACGGAGAUGCUUCUCAAAGACACAAACCAAUCUUUAAAGAGGUGUGAGAAACUGGUAAAGGAGGCUUAUCAGCUGAACGGUCUUGUCUACCGAGAGAGCAGCUCUGAGGAUGAAGGGGGUGGAGAUGGACUGUGCUCUGAAGUCAUUGAGAUAGAUGAUGAUGACGAUGACGAUGUCAUUGCAGUUGGAUGUUUGGUUCCUCCAACGAAAUCUCCAGGCAAAGACUCAGUGUUAAAAGAAGCUUCUGCAGUUCUCCAGAAAACCUCCCAGCAGGUGCAGAAGUUGACCCAAAUGGUGGGCAAACCUUCACCAGGAGCUCCUCAGUCACUCAUCCAGGUUUCAGCACCGACAAUAUUUGUAUCGCAAGCUUCGUCUCAAGGGACGACCCCGCCGAGCUCGAGCUUGAAAAAAUUUGAUCUCCGGAUCGGGAUGAACAUCCUGGGAAAGAAACGCACCAAGACAUGGCACAAAGGAACCCUCGUGGCUAUCAACCCUAUUGGAAACGGUGUUUAUAAAUACAAAGUGAGGUUUGAUAAAGGCAAGAGUUUGCUGUCCGGGAAUCACGUGGCUUUUGACGACAACCCGGCUAUGGAGGACCUGUUUGUCGGGGCUCGUGUCGUCGCCAGGUACAAAGACGGAAGCCUGACGUGGCUCUACGCGGGAAUCGUGGCAGAGAUGCCCAACAACAAAAACCGCAUGAGGUAUUUGAUUUUCUUCGACGACGGCUAUGCUUCAUAUGUGAUCCUGCCUGAAGUCUACCCAGUGUGCAAACCGCUGAAGCGUACUUGGGAAGACAUAGAGGACGCGUCGUGUCGAGACUUCAUCGAGGAGUACAUUUCUGCCUACCCCAGCAGGCCGAUGGUGCUCCUAAAGGUCGGCCAGAUCAUCAAGACCGAGUGGGAGGGGACUUGGUGGAAGAGCAAAGUGGAGGAAGUGGACGGCAGCUUGGUCAAAAUUCUCUUUUUGGAAGAUAAAAGGAGCGAGUGGAUUUACAGAGGAUCCACCAGAUUAGAGCCCAUGUUCAAUCUGAAAAUGACUUCAGCAAACACACAAGAGAAGAAACUGGCCGGCCACCAGCGGACCAGGCCAAACAUGGGAGUGCUUAGAAGUAAAGGCCCAGUGGUUCAGUACACUGGCGUUGAACAUGCUGGAAGUUCUUCUGUUCCUCCCAGUCAGCCUGCUGCGACACCACAGCUUCAGCAGCGUCCUCAGCCCAUUCAGCCCCAGCAGCCUCCUCAGAUCCAGCAAACGCCUCCGCCCUCACAAACCAUACAGCCUCAGCGCAUCGAGAAUAAGCAUCAGAUGGCAAAGAAGAGCACAUCUCCAUUUAUCCCUGGGGUUGGAGGAACACAUGCCUCCAAAAUCUUGCAGACUUUGUCCCCCACUUCCAGCAACCUCAGUGGAAAAGUGAUGGCUAUUCCGAAUGCCUCUACGUCCCAACCCUCUGUCACCGUUUCCUACCAGAGACAGCCCUCUGUGGCUCCUCCCCCUCCACCUGUGACCCACGCCAUGGCCGUAAUUCCUACACAGCCCGCCUACCGAGCCCCGACUGACCGCAUCUUCUACAUGCCUCACGUGUGUCAGCCCGCUUGUCUGAAACGAAUCCGGCCGGUGAAACCGGACAAGCAUCGAGGGAAAAACCCCCUCCUCACACCCCUGCUCUAUGAUUUUAGACGCAUGACGAGUCGACGCAAAAUCAACCGAAAGGUGUCUUUUCACGUGACGUACAAGGCUCCAUGUGGUCUCUGUCUCCGUAAGAUGUCAGAGAUCCAGACCUACCUCUUCCAAACCCGCUGUGACUUCAUAUUCUUAGAAAUGUUCUGUCUCGACCCCUACGUGCUGGUUGAUCGGCCUUUCCAGCCACAAAGGCCGUUUUAUUACAUUCCAGACAUCACCAGUGGAAAGGAGGACAUCCCGCUGUCCUGCGUCAAUGAGAUCGACACCACCCCCCCUCCUAAAGUAGCCUACAGUAAAGAACGUAUUCCUGAAGACGGCGUGGUCAUCAACACCAGUUCUGAUUUCCUGGUGGGGUGUGAUUGCACGGACGGCUGUCUGGACAAGUCCAAAUGUUCCUGCCACCAGCUGACGCUGCAGGCUACAGGCUGCACACCCGGGGGACUGAUCAACCAAAACGCGGGAUAUUUAUACAAGCGAUUAGAGGAGUGCCUGCCUACAGGGAUCUACGAGUGUAAUAAAAGGUGCAAAUGCUGUGCUCAGAUGUGCACAAAUCGGCUGGUGCAGCACGGUCUGCAGGUCCGCCUCCAGCUCUUUAAGACUCAGAACAAAGGCUGGGGCAUCCGGUGCUUGGAUGAUAUCGCUAAGGGCUCGUUUGUCUGCAUUUAUGCCGGUAAAAUCCUGACUGAUGACUUCGCUGACAAAGAAGGCCUUGAAAUGGGCGAUGAGUAUUUCGCCAACCUGGACCACAUAGAGAGCGUGGAGAACUUUAAGGAGGGCUAUGAGAGCGAGGCGCACUGCUCGGAUAGCGAGGGGAGCGGAGUGGAUGUGUCCAGAAUCAAAAUCCAGCCGUCCUCUUUGGCCACUGGAAACACGGCCGCACAACUUUCUAAAAAAGGCCGAAGCUUGAGCUCAUCAGACGACAGCAACGGGGAAGGCGACAAAGACUCGAAGAGCGACGAUGAAAGCGACAGUUCAGACGACACGUUUGUGAAGGACAACUACUACUCGUCCAGUUCGGUGUGGAGGAGUUACACCACGCGGGGUCAGCUCAAAGGCAACAAGGAAGGGAGUCAGGAUAGCAAAGAUGGAAUGAGCGUUUCAGGAGGGGCAGCUUCUGAGAAGCCCCCAUCGAUACCAGUGGAGAUGGGGAAAAGCAAAGUGGCUUCCUGGCUAACGAGCCAGGGGCUGAAGAAGGACACUGAAGACAAAAGUCAAAUGAAGUCUGAUGCAUCCAAGAGGCAGGAUGUGAUGACGCUGUCUGACAGCGAUGACGUUCAGACUAUCAGCUCAGGAUCAGAGGACAACAAGGAAAAAGAAAAACCCGCUCCAGUUUCUGGCCCCAGCGUGACCAAAAAGCAAGUGGCUGUGAAAUCCACCCGAGGCAUCGCCCUGAAGAGCCACAGCAUGAUGGUGAAAACGGGAGCAUCCGGAGGAGGGGCGGGGCCAAGCGGGCAAGGAGGGAAAGCUGGAAAUCAGGGAACGCCCGGAGAAAGUGGCGACAGCGGUCCCAAAAACACCCGGCUGUUCUUCGACGGGGAGGAAUCCUGUUACAUCAUCGACGCAAAGUUGGAGGGGAAUCUUGGGCGAUAUCUUAAUCACAGCUGCAGCCCAAACCUUUUUGUCCAGAAUGUGUUUGUGGACACACACGACCUGCGAUUCCCCUGGGUGGCCUUCUUUGCCAGCAAGCGUAUCCGGGCCGGCACCGAGCUGACCUGGGACUACAACUAUGAGGUGGGGAGUGUGGAGGGUAAAGAGCUGCUGUGCUGCUGCGGGUCCACAGAGUGCAGAGGAAGGCUACUGUGAUCCACCUACAUUCAUCCUGUUCCUGCAGAGAAGAACUUCUAGAUGAUCCUCAUCAGCGUAGCUUAGAGUUGAACUUUCAUCAGUUUGAUUUGUCAUUUUUUAUCGGGAUCUUUCCUAAAGUGUCUUGUUUUCUUUACAUCUGAAUAAAAGUUUCAUUUAGGACCCAAA